AUGGCAAGCACACUAUCUCUGUCUCGUAUGUCGUCUGGUCUCUUCCUCCUUGGAGCAAGCGAGCAAGGGAUUGCCCUAUUCUUACUACUUCACUUCGCACACCCCUUCGACACCACCUUCAAUGACACCAACCUUAGACCCACUCCUACAACACUCUACUCCCCACCCGCGUUUGCCCACCCACCCAACUUCUCCUCCCCCUCCCCCUCCCUCAACGCCACAAGUCCCAAGCCAAGCCUUCUCAGGCCUAGCCACAUCUGCUCUCUUCCAUGGAUAGACCCUCUAUUAAACACUGGAACGUUGCGAGUCAAACGCCGCUCGCUCGCGGAAAGAAAAGCGGCACGGACCGAAAAGGCGACUGGCCGACUUGGUAAGCUCUGUAGUCAACCACGCCGCAACCGCGCAUGCAUGGCGUUGCGUUGGGAUCCUGCGGGAUUUGCGGCACAACUAUAA